AUGACACAAGACCAACUUGCCCCUGCGGCAACCCCAUCGCCAGCACCAGCACACGAUCCCUCGCACGAAGAGCAUCAAUACCUCAACCUGAUCCGCACAAUCCUCGCCGAAGGCGAACACAGACCUGAUCGAACCGGCACUGGAACGCGAUCUCUAUUUGCGCCCCCUCAACUUCGCUUCUCGCUCUCAAAGCCCAACCCCAAUGGUGGCGACCCGAUCAGUGUUCUCCCUCUUCUCACCACGAAACGAGUUUUCCUUCGCGCUGUCCUCGCAGAGCUUCUCUGGUUCGUCUCCGGCUGCACAUCAUCCCUGCCCCUCUCUGAAUCCGGAAUCAAAAUUUGGGAUGGAAACGGCAGCCGGGAAUUCCUUGACAAAGUUGGACUGGGACACCGGGAAGAAGGCGACCUCGGCCCCGUCUAUGGUUUCCAAUGGCGACACUUCGGUGCGGAGUACGUCGAUGCGAAGACAGAUUAUACCGGUCAAGGUGUGGAUCAGCUCAAGGAUGUUGUCAACAAGAUCAUGAAUACACCGUUUGAUCGGCGCAUCAUCAUGAGUGCCUGGAAUCCCUCUGACCUGCGCAAAAUGGCGCUCCCGCCGUGCCACAUGUUUGCGCAGUUCUAUGUUUCCUUCCCGCCGGGGAUGAAGCUGGAUGAGAAGACGGGGAAGCCUACUGAGAAGGGGACUUUGUCUUGUCUUCUUUACCAGCGGUCUUGUGAUAUGGGUCUGGGCGUGCCGUUCAACAUAGCCUCGUAUGCACUUCUCACGCAUAUCCUCGCUCACGCUGCCGACCUCCAUCCUGGCACUUUGAUCCACACUAUGGGCGAUGCUCAUGUCUAUCUUGACCAUGUUGAUGCGUUGAAUGAGCAGUUGACUCGGGAGCCAACUGAGUUCCCGGAGUUGCUUAUCAAGCGUGAUGACCGGGGUAGCGCUGUUAUUGAUGGCUGGAAGGAGGAUGAGUUUGAGGUUAUUGGAUACAAGCCUCACAAGACCAUCAAGAUGAAGAUGAGUGUUUAG